CCUCUGACCCCACAAAACCUCCCUGUGGACUCCCUAAACCUCCCUGCAGACUCCCAAAAUCUCCCCGYGGAGCUGUGGGGAUCUCAAGGCACRUUCCUGCCCCUUUCCCUCCCCCAGUGCUUCAGCGCCACGGAGCUUUUCGCCAUCCACAACCUGAGCGAGGGCUCCACCAUGGGCCACAGCGAGUUCAAGGAGUUCUGCCCCACCAUCCUGCAGCAGCUGGAGUCGGGGGCGUGCGCCUCCGAAAACCUGGAAAAUGAGGAGAAUGAGCAGACAGAGGAGAGCMGGCCCAGCUCGGCUGAAGUCUGGGGUUACGGUUUCCUCUGCGUCUCCGUCAUCUCCCUGUGCUCGCUGGUUGGAGCCAGCGUGGUGCCCUUCAUGAAGAAGACAUUUUACAAGCGGCUGCUCCUCUACUUCAUAGCUCUGGCGAUUGGAACUCUCUACUCCAACGCCCUCUUCCAGCUCAUUCCCGAGGCGUUUGGCUUCAACCCUCAGGAAGAUUAUUACGUUUCCAAAUCYGCCGUGGUGUUCGGGGGCUUCUACCUCUUCUUCUUCACAGAGAAGAUCCUGAAGAUGCUCCUGAAGCAGAAGGAUCAGCACCACCACGGGCACAGCCACUACGGCCCCGAGGCUCUGCCCUCUAAGAAGGACCGGGAGGAGGGGGUGACAGAGAAGCUGCAGAACGGGGACCUGGACCACAUGAUCCCACACAUCACCAACGAGCUGGAGUGCAAGCCCCCCUCCGGGGAUGAGAAGGCYGUGGUGGGCUCCCUCUCUGUCCAGGACCUGCAGGCCUCGCAGAGCGCGUGCUACUGGCUGAAGGAGGUGAGAUACUCCGACAUCGGGACGUUGGCCUGGAUGAUCACGCUCAGUGACGGCCUCCACAAUUUUAUCGACGGCCUGGCCAUUGGUGCAUCCUUCACCGUGUCUGUGUUCCAAGGGAUCAGCACCUCSGUGGCCAUCCUCUGCGAGGAAUUCCCACACGAGCUGGGGGAYUUUGUGAUCCUGCUCAAUGCUGGCAUGACCAUCCGCCAGGCGCUCUUCUUCAACUUCAUCUCYGCCUGCUGCUGCUACGUGGGCCUGGCCUUUGGCAUCGUGGCUGGCAGCCACUUCUCUGCCAACUGGAUCUUCGCUCUGGCUGGAGGGAUGUUCCUGUACAUAGCAUUGGCUGACAUGUUCCCAGAGAUGAAUGARGUGAGCCGGGAGGACGAGCAGAACGGCAGCGCCCUGAUCACCUUCGCCAUCCAGAACGCGGGGCUGCUCACGGGUUUCACCAUCAUGGUGCUGCUCACCAUGUACUCGGGGCAGAUCCAGAUAGGGUAGGACCAGCCCGAGCUGCAGCCCUGAUCCAGUUUUUCCAUGU